AGUUCAACAAGAAGACAUAACAAUUCUAAAUGUGUAUGCAUCCAGAUAUAUUUUUAAAACAUACUGGAAGUACUUCCAGUCUUGUACAAAGGCCCAAAAGGAAGAGAAGAAAUAUGUAUGUACAUGGUACUUUAUUAGUAUUUCAACUGGUUCAAUAUUACUGAAUAUAUAUUUAUGUUACUUUCUGUGCAUCUACAAAAACUUUUGACAUUUCUGGUGUCUAUAUUUUUAGUUUUUUUUUUUUUUCUUGGCUCAAGAAUGUGACUUCUUUAUUUUAUUUUCAUUGUAGCUUCCCACAUGCCAUAAUUUGGCUCAUAGAUAAUAAGUGUUUUAUAAUUGUUAUUGACUAAUUUUAGGUGCCUGGGGCAGGUAUGUAAAUACAUUUCCAAGUUUUCCAUAAUCAGUGAGGAUUGAUAUGUGUGUUGCUCCUCUUAUGGAGAAGUCAGAAUGUGAUGAUUUUAGUGUUUUAUUGGCAAACAUUCAAUUUCAGGUUGUUUUUGGUAAAGUAUGUAUGAUAAUAUUAAUAUAUAUGUUAGAGUAUGCAAUUAUACUAGCUGAAGGAUUAUUCUGUUCUGGAACAAACCACAACCUAGAUUUAAAAUCACAGGCUCCUGGCAUUAUGAUGAUAAGAUAGAAUGGGCCUUCAAUAAUGAAUAGUCUAGCUCCCUCAUAUUACAGAUGAGAAAACUGAGAGCCAGGGAAGUAAUAAAUGAAAGAUACAUUUAUGAAUUGUGAUGAGGAUUUUUUUUAAUGCCAUGUUAGUUUUUAUUUCUAAUACUUUUGAAAAUACUUGUUGUAGCUGUUUGCUGUUUCUGUUGUUUACAUAACUUAUGUAACCAAUUUUUUUGUUAAUAAACUAGCAAACAUGGUAUAUAGAUUAUUUUCAGAUUGAAAGUACAGAACUGUAAAGGGAACAGUGUGAGCUUCAGAUUUUUUUUUUUUUUUUUUACUUGUCUGACUAAAGCCAAAAGUUAAGGAAUUCUGGAGGGAGAAAAUGGAGACUGUUUUUUAUUCUAGGUGCCCUUUGGGAGAUGAAGCUUAAAUAAAUUACCUUAAUUUUGUGAUCUCUUUCCUUUCUCACUUGGAAAUGAAUAUUUAAAGAUAAAUUUCCAAUUUGUAACUCAUCAUUGCUGGAGAUUAUUUUUGUUUCAGACACAACAGUUAAUCUAAGUUAAUACUCACCAUGUUCCUAUUAAAAAGGCAAUACAAAUAUCAGUAUUCUCCUUUAACAAAUAAGGGCCUUGAGGCAUUCCAAUAUUGGAUUAAACAGUUUCUUUAAGGUCUUAGUUAAUAAGUAGCACAACUGAUGUCAGAACAUGGUCAGUGACGUCAGUGUUUCAGUUCAGCAUUCUUUCCACUCAUCAGAAGAACAAGAGAAGGAAGAAGGAGGAAGGAGGAAAAGGAGAGUCACUUGUUUUAUGUUUAUUAUCUGUCAUUCAGAAUGUUUAGCACAUUCAUUAUUGCUUUCAAUUUUCAUACUAACCUUCUAAAGUAGAUAUUAUUUUAUUUUACACUUAAGGAAACCGAGUCUCAAAAUUGUUAUAUUCUUUGCUUAUAGUCGCACAGCAAGUAUUAGAGAUCUUCCAGAAACUGUCUUUGUACCGCAGCCACAAAACUUACAUAAAAGAAAAGGAACAUGCUGUUCCUUUUAUCCCUAUGUUUUUGAAAAAUGGAUGUUGUUUAAUUUACUUUAAAUUUUCUUUUAGUUCUCUAAGAGAAACAGAUUGGGAACACUAAGGAAGAAAGAAACAAAACUGGCUCUGAACCACGGGUGUGUAGAUAGUAUCGACAUUCUUUCAGGGGAAAAUAGGAAUGCAGUUCUGGACUAAAGGGAAAGGAGGAAUUUAAAAGUUAAUAUCAAAACUGAAACAAAGCCGUGUUUUGUGAAACACACCUUAAUAGCAGUACAUUGGAUCAAAGGAUGUGAUCUCACUUCAUAGUAAAACAGGUCCUGCAAGCCCAGGUAACUCAGGAAGCGGAAUGGUAAUUAUUCACAGAAGAAAGCAGGUGGUGUUCUGUUACAAUACUACAGUAGAAAGUCAGAAGGUCACAAAGCUUGCAGGGUAACUGACUCAACUUGAAACUGCUUGGCCCCCUUUAAAAAGAGAUAACAAAAUGGGAGAGAAUGAAGCCACUUUACCUAACACGUCUUUGCAAGGUAAGAAGAUGGCCUAUCAGAAGGUCAAUGCAGAUCAAAGAGCUCCAGGACAUUCACAGUUCUUAGACAAUGAUGACCUUCAAGCUACUGCCCUUGACUUAGAGUGGGACAUGGAGAAGGAACUGGAAGAGCCUGGUUUUGACCAAUUCCAGCUAGACAGUGCUGAGAACCAGAACCUGGGGCACUCAGAGACUGCAGACCUCAAUCUUGAUUCCAUUCAACCAGCAAUUUCACCAAAAGGAAGGUUCCAGCGACUUCAAGAAGAAUCUGACUACAUUACCCAUUAUGCAAGACCUGCACCAAAGAGCAACCGCUGCAACUUUUGCUACCUUUCAAAAAUACUUUGCACAGCCACUAUUUUAUUUAUUUUUGGAAUUGUGAUAGGUUAUUAUGCACAUAAAAAUUGCCCUUCAGAUGCAACAUCUUCAGGAACAGUUUAUCUUCGGUUAUACCAAGACAUUCUCACAACAAUCCAAGCAGAAGACAUUAAGAAGUCUUUCAGAAAUUUCAUACAACUGUAUAAAAGUGAAGAUGACAUGGAAAUUUCAAAACAGAUCAAGACUCAUUGGACUUCUUUGGGCCUAGAAGAUAUACAGUUUGUAAAUUACUCUGUGCUGCUUGAUCUGCCAGGCCCUUCUCCCAGCACUGUGACUCUGAACAGCAGUGGUCAAUGCUUCUAUCCUAAUGGCCAGCCCUGCAGCGAAAGAGCCAGAAAAGACACUAGCCAAGAUGUGCUCUACUCAUAUGCAGCCUAUUCUGCCAAAGGAACUCUCAAGGCUGAAGUCAUUGAUGUGAGUUAUGGAACUGCAGAUGAUUUAAAAAGGAUUAAAAAAAUGAAAAAUAUAACAAAUCAGAUUGCACUCCUGAAAUUAGGAAAACUGCCACUGCUUUAUAAGCUUUCCUUAUUGGAAAAGGCUGGAUUUGGAGGAGUCCUUCUAUAUAUUGAUCCUUGUGAUUUACCAAAGACUGCAAAUCCUAGCCAUGAUGCCUUCAUGGUGUCACUGAAUCCAGGAGGAGAUCCUUCUACGCCUGGUUACCCAAGUGCUGAUGGAAGCUUUAGACAAAGCAGAUCGAACCUCACCUCUCUGUUAGUGCAGCCCAUCUCUGCAUCCCUUGUUGCAAAACUGAUCUCUUCAGUGAAAGCUAGAACCAAAAAUGAUGUCUGUAGCCCUCUAGAACUUCCAAAUAAUGAAAUAAGAAUUGUCAGCAUGCAAGUUCAAACAGUCACUGAAUACAAAACGGUUACUAAUGUUGUCGGAUAUGUAAGGGGUUUGGCAUCUCCAGACCGGUAUAUUAUAGUUGGCAGCCAGCAUCAUACUGCAUACAGUUAUAAUGGACAAGAAUGGGCCAGCAGCACUGCAAUAAUCACAGCUUUUAUUCGGGCCUUGAUGUUAAAAGUUAAGAAAGGGUGGAGACCAGACCGCACUAUUGUUUUCUGCUCAUGGGGAGGAACAGCGUUUGGCAAUAUUGGCUCAUAUGAAUGGGGAGAGGAUUUCAAGAAGGUUUUGCAGAAAAAUGUUGUGGCUUAUAUUAGUCUCCAUAGUCCCAUACGGGGUAACUCAAGUCUCCAUCCUGUAGCAUCACCAUCUCUUCAGCAGCUAGUAGAAGAGAAAAAUAAUUUCAACUGUACCAGAAGAGCUCAGUGCCCAGACACCAAUGUCAGUUCUGUACAGAUACAAGGUGAUGCUGAUUAUUUCAUCAACCAUCUUGGAGUUCCCAUCGUGCAGUUUGCUUAUGAGGACAUCAAGGCAUUAGAGGCUCCAAGUUUUCUCUCCGAGGCCCUUUUUCCUAGACAUGCAACAAAAAUUGAAGAAAUGGAUCCUUUUUUCAAACUUCAUGAAACUAUUACCAAGCUCUCAGGAGAAGUGAUUUUGCAAAUUGCCAACGAACCAGUUUUGCCCUAUAAUGCUCUUGAUAUAGCUUUAGAAGUUCAAAACAGCCUUAAAGGUGAUCAACCCAACACUCCUCAACUCCUAGCUCUGGCAUCACGCCUUCGGGAGCGUGCCGAACUCUUUCGGUCAGAUGAGAUGCGACCUGCUAAUGAUCCCAAGGAGAGAGCCCCUGUCCGCGUCCGGAUGCUGAAUGACAUUCUCCAAGACAUGGAGAAAAGCUUCCUGGUGCCGCAGGUGCCACCAGGUUUUUAUAGAAACAUCCUGUACCACCUUGAUGAGAAGACAAGCCAAUUUUCAAUACUUGUGGAGGCUUGGGAGCACUGCAAGCCACUUGCAUCAAAUGAGACCCUUGAAGAAGCCCUAUCAGAAGUGUUGAACAGCAUUAAUUCUGCUCAGGUUUACUUCAAAGCAGGACUUGAUGUGUUCGAGAGUGUCUUGGUUGGAAAGAACUGAGAAAACUCUCAGCAUUUUAAAAAGUGUGUUUACAAUUCCACAAGCAAAAGCUCUAAUCUGACCAGAUUUUCUAACAUUGAAGUCUUGUUUCCCCCAAUGGCUUUUUGACAACUGUAAAGCUAUUAUUACAUUGUAUUUUUUAAAUGUACAUAUAAAAAGAGCAUUUUGCACAUUUAAUAUUUUUCUUAUAUCUACAUUUCCAAAUAUAUAAAAGCAAGUUACUGAAAUAAUACUUAAGAUUUAUCUAUUGAAAAGAAAUCUGCUGUAUUUUUAUAUAUAUAAACUAUUUUGGGGGAAAGUUGCAAGAAGUUCUGGACAAUCUUUGCUCCUAUGGGCAGAAUACAUAGGAACACAAGUUAUUCCCUCUGAAAGAGCUAUUAAUGACCUACUUUCUGUAAUAGAGAGUUGAUAUGGUUUCAGAUUAACUUCACUAUUAAGUGUUCAAUAUGAAGAAUUCAAGUAUUCUGAGUGAUUCGUUGACCAAAGUACUUUGAAUGUUUCUAUUUUAUGAAAUGAAGUUCCUAUUCUUAACACAACUAGAUGUAGUAAUACACUGGUUAUGAAAUUGUAUUUUUUAAGUAUUAAUGAAAAAAAGAGCCAUAAACAUUCCAGGGAAAAAUCUCAAGGUAGCUGCACAGAACAAUUUAAAUGCAAAUUUUUCCUAACAACUUAUAAAGUGACUAGCUUUGAAAUCCCUAAUUUGCCUCCGUUGAUUUUGUAAGAAUUUUAGGAGUGAUGUAUGACUUAAUGAGAGAGAAAAAUAUUUCAUAUAUUUUUUUCUGUUGGAACCAUUGAAACAGAAGCUACUCUAAAAUGAAAGCAUCUCACAAUGCUUUUCUUUCUUGUGAGUUUUCUGAAACUCCUUGCUAUAAGGUAGUUUUCACAGAAUACUGUAUAAUAUCCCUGAGAAAGUAGCAGAGUUUUUCUUUGAAAACCCACAAUAUCUUAUACAGCAUCAAACUCUACUUCUGCCUCUGACAAAAAGGGGUUAUUAUGAAAGAUGUGGUUCUUUUUAUCAAUAAAAGUUCCUUAAUUUUGUGAGGAAACUUUCAAAAUUUUUUCUUCUUUAUCCUUAAUUGUGACUAAGAUGGAAAUGUAGAAAAUACUCAUGCUUCUAGUUUUAUGCCAUGUUACAGGGAGAGUGUCUCUUCCACACUUCAGUUCUCUUGUGGAAAAUUAAGCUUUUCAUUUGACAUUGUCAUUGAAUGGCACUAGCAUCCAUUAUUCCUGAAACCCUAAAAUUCUGCUUAUUGGGUGACAGGUUAAACUUUUAUUUUACCUUUAGAAAUUGAUUUGAAAAAUGUUCUUCUAAUAUUAGAUAAAGCAAUUCCCCUUAGGAAACACAUCCUCAGAAUAUUUCAUAUAAAUUUUCUCUACCUAACUCAGCACUCAAAUACACUUCCCCAUUACACACUGCCAGGGCAACAUUGCAGACAGUCACUAUAUGUCUAAAUCUUCACUUUUUAUGGAUGACCAGAAACCUAAUCUUAGUUUAAAGAAAAGCUAAAGUUGAAGGGAAAGAAUUAAUCAGUAUUGAUUAAUUGAUUUAUAAGGGUCAACUGUUCCUACCACAAGUAAUGUUAUAUGCUCAAGGCAAAGUAGAGAAUUGAGGCAAUUAGCUAGAUAAUUCAAGCAGAAAUCCAUUUUCAUCUAAAUUGCCCAUGUGCACAUAUUUUUACAUGAGAAAUGAAACUGCCUUACAAUUUUAUUUUUUUAAACUAAUGUAUUUGUUUGAAAAUAUUUGCCAUAUUGAAGAGUGUGCAUAGAAAAGGUCUAAAAGGAUCAGGCUCUUACCUGCCUUGACAUGAAUGCUCUUUCUUUCUCUGAAGAGAUUGAGCAGAAAAGAGGUGAGAAUACACAUACAGGCCCGUGUGGGCCCAAUAGUAGAAUGCCUUAGCCCUAAGGAUCUUAAAUAUUUAAUCAAAGGUCAAUAUGUUCAUUCCAAUUCUUUAUUUGGAGUUGAAUUUAAAACAAAGAAAGGCAAACUAUUAUCAGUUUGAUGGUUUAUCAUUUUAAAAGAAACUCCUAAAAUACAUUCACGCUCCCCAUAACCUAAACUAGCAUUGAGAGCAGAAAAUAUUUUUCUUCUUCAUUUUUGUUUAAAGAUUCUGUACCCAGGUAAAUGACAUUGCAAAAUGUUAUUCUGUAUUCUUUACUUCUAAAUUAUAUGGUAUUUGCUAUUUGAAAACUGCCGUUGACUAUGGACUAAUAUGUUUGUAUUAUUCUAUUUAAGAGAUUAUGUGAAGAAGCUACAUUAUAAUUAAAGCAGAUGUCCAAUCAUACUAUGAUUGGAUGCUGCUUUAGAUAUUUGAUUACAACAAACUUCCUAACUAGCAACAUUACUGCUAUUGUAUGGUUACCUCAGGAUUCCUGCAAAUUUAUAUUAUUUUACUUUUCUUGCCAAUUGAUUCAAGUAAAUAAUAGCCUGAGCAAGUUAAUAGCAAGUGUUACAGAAAUUGGUAGUAGGUUUAAAUUGUUGCUGAGACAUCGUGUGCCUGGUACGUCUCAUAAUUCUUCAUACAUAGAAUUUUGUCAAGAAAUAAUGAAUCAUAAAUGAUUAGUCUCCCAAGAAAAUGUGGCAAAUGUGGACCCAUCAUUUGUGUUCAGGCAGGAAUACUGCAGCUCACACAUGGAAUACUUUCAUUUAAGGAAAAGCAUUGAUCUUAGUGUCAAAAGGAAUCCUAAGAGCCAUUCUGAUCUAAACCCUAGGAUCUUGCCUUCAGCCAAAAAAGAAAUGAUCACCCCUAUGAGAUAUCGUAACUGAACCCAAAGUGACUUAGAAACUUGGGCAUAGUCAUGUAUUUAGUUAAUAGCCAAAGCUGGAACUUAAGCUUCUCUGCUUUCUCAUGCAACAUAUCUUGCUCUCUCCCUGAGGAGACAGGUUUAUAAAUGAUCUUUUCCAGGGAAUUCUAUGUAACCAACCAUUCUAUCAGCUGUUGUAUGGACUGGAAACACUGCUUUUAAUUCAAGAAUAGCUCAUUCUUUGACUAUACCCUACAAGCAAAACUGUCCAAGGGAAUCCAGACAAAGGACAAAAAGACUGGGCCCUUGGGGGGAAAUGGGAGAAGUAUCUACAUGACAUCCCAAGUCAGGAAGAAGACAUUAAGCAAAAUGUUUUAAAAGGGGACAAGUUAGCCCAAGAUUAAUCAAUAAUCUAAAUCAAUGUUUCUCAAAAUGUGGAAUUUGGGGAAAGGCCUUCACCAAGAUUUCCAGAUGAUUCUUAUGCACGGUGAAGUUUAAGAAUUUCCAAUCUACAUUAAUCCUAACUCCCAAGAAAACAUCAGCUGACAAGAUAUCUGAAUAAGUUGAAGGGUCACAAUUAAAAGAAAGACUUAAAGGUUUGCUAUUAAUAGAACCAUUAAAAGGAAAAAAUAGUGCCUAUUUUAUCUCUCAGAAAAGAACUCAGUUGCAGCUAAUAUCUAUGCCUGCUCAUGCCAGGCACUGUUCUAGACUUUUUCCAUGUAGUUUUUUGUUUGUUUGUUUGUUUUUGUCUAAUUCAACCCACAACAACUCAUUUUAAAAAUGAGGAACCUUGGUUGGGAGACUUGUGCAAGAAGUGAGGUAUAGUUCUCUGCUGGGCCCUCUGGUGUUCAGUUCUGUGUUCUUCACAGAGUGCUGCAAAAAAUAUCAGAACAAUCUUUUGAUUCUAGAAAGUGAUGUAAUUGAAAAUUUUCAUGUGUUUCUCCAAAACUGGUCAGACUGUGCAUUCUCUCACUCCUUUGGUAUAAUGAAGGAAUUUGAGGAAAUAAAUUACAUCAUUUUUGGUAAUGGCAGCUCACUCCAACAAUGGUAUACGUAAGUUUAAAGAUAUCUGUAAGAGCAUUAAAAGUAAGUGCACCAUUGUGGAAUAUCAUGACAACUAGAUUACAAAUAGUAAAAAGAUACCAGAUACCACAGUGUCACCAUUUUCUUCUCUAAAUGCCUAUGUAAUUUCCCUGGUUGGCGGGGGUGGUGGGGGUGGUGGCAGGUGCUGUGAUUUAAUUUAUUUUUUAUUCUUUUUAUUUUUCUCCUAGCAACCAAUAAGUGCUGUGAUCUAAAGUUCAAUAAGUGCUGUGAUCUAAAACCAAAGUUUUACAUUAUUCUUAAAAACUCAGAAUAACUAAAUGACUUUUUCAUUUAAAUAAAUAUAUAGCAUAUAGCAAGCUUCCCCACUGUAAAGGUGUUACCAAAAUAAGAUAAAUGAUGAUUUGUUGCCAUCAUACUAAUAAUGAACCAGCAUCUUUGUCUCAAAUGGAAAACUAUAAUUAUUUGCACAAUAAAUUGAUAGACUUAGCCAAAAAUGUUCUCAUGAGACAUUCUGUUAUGUAUAAUUAAUUACUAAAAAAAUUAAGCUUUCUCUGAGGAUAACACAUUGUCAUCUCAUUGGUAAUAUAGACUAGUUAAAUAAAUGUGCCUUAGCUGCACAUUUGAUUAACAGAAAGGAAUUAUUUUAAACUAUGUUGAGUGGAAGAGAAGUGGGCCCACAUAUUCCAGUAAACACAUAAGCAAUAUAAUAGUUUUAUUUCAGGACCAUGGAUGCAAUGCAGGAGAUAAACAAACAAAUAAUGUGGUAUUUGAGAAAAGAAAUAUUCUGCCCAGCCACAUUAGUGAAUUUGUAUUUUUUUUAUGAGUUUAUAUUGCCUCAUUAGAAGAACCUGCUAUUCUGAAAGAUCUUAAAAAACCUCAGAGUCCUAAGCACCCCAUUAAGUAAAAAUACUUUCCAGUUAACUGGGUUUGUUUUAUUUAAUUAAGAAUUUUAAUGUUUUAUAUAAUUCAGAAUUUUAAGUGACAUGAACUUGAAGAAGAGUAGCAAAUAAAAAUUUUUAAAUGUAGCCUUUCUGGUCGUCACCAUGUCUACUCAAUUUUCUGUUUUUUCUUUCUAGAUAUACUCUGACAUUAGAAAUUUUCCCCUGAGAAGUAAUUUUAAGAUCUAUCUUUCUCAAUACAAAUAUAUCUGUUAAUCAGCCAGAGGUUUAGCUCCAUAAUGCCUUUCCAUUACCUUUCAAAGAUGUACACUAAAGUGCCUUUAGCAUACGUAAGACUGUCAAGAAUCUUGAUGUCUUCCUUAUUGCAAGAUGACAUAUUUCUUAAAGACAUUUAUAAUCUCAUAUUCAGAUUGGAUCUGAAUUUACACAGCAAAGGGUUAAAUUGAGGCAGUUUCAGGUAGCAUUAAAAAAAAGCUGCUUCAAAUUUUAAUGUUUCUGGUUACAUUAUUUUGUGUUUGAAUUAUAUAAUUGUAUCGUUUUCUGUAACCAAAAUGGUAAUUUUGAUAUUUUCAGCCAAAAUCCAAUCAUCAAGGCCAAAGAAAUGCAUGGCUACUCUAAUUUCUUAUGCAAGAUUCCAGUCAAGAAUGAACUCAUAAGCAGCUGAUUCAGUGCCUACAUCUACACAAAGCUUUAAUGAGUGUGGACAGAGCCUAACAGUAUUUCAUCUAAUUUAUUUGAUGUUUUAAGCCAAUAAGCACUAAGGUAGCUUUUCUCAGAGGGAAACAGAUUUUAUUUUCCAGGAGCUAAUUAAUAUGCACCACCUCAGUCCCCAAAGGACCACACAGGUGCCUGUACUAUGCCAUAUGUCAUGUGCUAUAUUCCUGCAAGCUCAAGAGAUUAAUAUACAAUUAUUAUGAAUUAUUAUGUUGCAAUGAAGUUAAUGUCGGUCUUUUGUUCUAAUUAAAGUACAAACUUGGCAUCUGAAUAGAAGCUUAGCUAGAGAAGUGAAGUUAGAGUCCCUAUUUUAAUGGACUACAUAUAUAUUUCAAUCAAAAUGUGUAAUUAUUUAAUUAUCUAGCCUGCUCAGUAAUUAUGACUCUCCAACUUCUUGAAAGAAACUUUAUUCAAUAUGUUACCAUGCAGAUGGUCACUAUUUGGUGUGUGUUUUAUCUUUUUAAUUUUUAGAUGCUUUUGGUGUAUGCAGUAGUAUUUUAAUAAUAUUAAUAAUUUUUUGUUUACUUUUAUAUCAAGCUGCUUCAAAUAGACUACCUUAUUUUGAAAGUUAGAAUAAAAUGCCAUUACUCUAUAAAGACAAUUUAACAUAUCUGUUUAAUGAGAAACAAACACAGAUAAAAAAUAUUUUAUUACACCAUGCAAGUUGUCUGCAGGAAGCAAAAUGCCCAGAUGGCUAAGUAUAGCUCACAUAAUUAUAUCCUGAAGAUGUUAUAAAUAAUUCUAUUUAGAAGCUGAGAUAGGACUCUAUUAGGUGAUUUAGUGUUUAUAAUUCAAACAGAAAGGUUUAGUGGUAAAUACAUCCCAUACAUCCUAACUUGCUGCUUGGAGAAUAUAAAUAGAAAAGUAUUCAUAAAAGAAAAAAAAAAACCUUUCAAGAACACUUUGAAGGGCUAAUUUGUUUUUAUAGACAUCUAGGUAAUCAGCAUGUCAUUUUGAUAAUAGUUUUAUAUGUGUUUUGAAUGUUAAUAUACACCAUGCAUUUAAUAUUUUAAUCACGUCUACAAUGUAGUAACAUUUAGGUUUUAAGAUUUUAUAAGUAAAAUUUCUCAGUGGUAUAAUAUUAAAAAAUAUCCCAAAAUGAAGAAUGGAAAUGAGCAGGGGAAGAUUUAUAAAUUGAUUUGGGAUAAAAUUUGAAGGAUAAUUUCUCUAAAUAAAUUUGUUUUGAUUAAAAACAAACAUAUCUCAAGAAGUGUCCCAAUUACUAAAUUGCACUGAUCUGUUUGUGUUUUGUUCAAAAUAAUUGCAUUAUUAUCUGUGAUUCAAAAAUCUUUCCAUUGUACAGAGAUUUUCAUUGUCAUCGUCUUUGUUGUAAUUGAUUUUUAAUAGUAUUGAUUUAGAGACAUUUUCCUGUAUCUUUCUAAUUACUAUGACUGGCUGAAUGUCUCAUUUCUAUAAUGUGUGGUUGCCUAUCAGAAUUUUAGUGCUUUCUAUAUUUAGCUCGUGUGACCUAAAUUUAUUUUAUAACUUUUUAUAUGUUACUUACAUGACUUAAAAUGCAGCUUACUUAUGCAAGUAUGUUGUGAUCUUGAAUAACAAAAAUGGAUUGGGAUACUACAUCCAUUAAUAAUAUAAGUGAAUAUUUUAUAUUUCAGUUCCUUAAAUAUUUGCACAUAAUUGAAAACAUGAGUACUAUGAAAUGAAGGCAUCUUUUAAAACACAUGUUCUGAUCAUAAAUGCAAUGAGUAUGUACAGUGAAAUGGUGAUGUUUAAAAUACUCAUUUUAAAAAUAUUAAAUACAAGUAAAAA